AUGUUGUCCAGUUUGUCGACACCACUGUUCGGCAAUUUGUGGCUUCGUUUAUCAAUUUUCCCUAAACCGUUGAUCGCUGCGGUAAACGGCAGCGGCCAUUGGUGUAGCGGCCCCACUACACUGGCACUGGUCGACUGUGUAGUCGUAUCGGAUUCGGCCUAUUUUUCGACACCGUUUUCAUCGCUAGGAUUGUCGGUCGAAUGUUGCUCGACUUAUACGUUCCCGCAGAUUAUGGGCCAAUCAAUGGCCGCACAAAUGUUGUAUUUUAAUCACAAGAUGUCGGCCACUGAGGCCCUACAGUCGGGACUCGUAUCGCGAGUCAUACCCAGUGCUGAGUUUGACGAUUACAUCGAGAAUUGGAUAUUCGCCGAACGCAUCGGUAUUGUCAACACAUGUUAUCCUCAGUCGAUGCGUGCGUCCAAACAGUUGGUCCGAUCGGCGGCCAUACGAUGA